CCAGUCCACAUACUCAAUAAAUCCCCAGAGGUGAAGCUAACUGAUGCCCAGCGAGUUUGAAGACGACUCCAGAGAAAGGGCUAGACAAAUCACCCCACCGCAACAGGCAAAAUUUAAUUAUCGCAAGAGUCAGGAGAAUGGGUUUCUGCUAUUUCCUCUGGGAGCAACACUUAGAUUUAACUCGAGAGGAUUUAGCCAGAGCAGAAUACAUCCUCCUACAGUCCCCUACUUCCGCGUGCACCUGUCCGCCCGGGGCCACGUCCCUGCUGGAGCGUGUGAGCUGGAAGGGGCUGGAAAUGGGCCGGCGACCAUACAGCGCGCAGUCCUCGAGUUACGGAGCCGCCGCCAGCAAAAAGACCUUUCUUUGCUUCGGCGACACUGACGCGGGGACGGGCAAGCGAAGCCCGAGCCUUCGCCCUUCCCAGGCGGGCCCACGCCCCAUGGCGUGCGGGAGGCCGGCCGCACCGGGGCGAAGGCGCGGCGGAUCCGUCUCCCAGCGACGGGAGCGGGAGGCCGAGAACACAGACGCCCCGGGCCCGGCAGUCGAGCCGAGCCGGGCGGCAGACGGCCUCGCUGGCGUCCGUGCUGCCCGCCGGCAUGAGCCGCUGGCCGGGCUCCUAUUAAAGGUGCUGCAUGUGCUGGAUCCGGACCGGAAGCUGGAAGACACGUGGGCUUAUUGUGAGGACACUGGCAAGAGUGCGGAGGAACCCAGGAAGCUUUUCACAAAACGUUGCACCGGAGUCCCGUCGGGGCGUCCCAAGGAGACGCCUGUGUCACAUUCAGGCCAGUGGCCCUGUGAAGAAAAAGCUAGUGAAAUGGAUUUGCUCCGCGACAAUGGUCCUCUUCUUCAGGACAAUGCCCGCAAAGGGGUCAGUGACUUCUGCAGCUGGCUUGCUGCUGUGGGACAUCUGAACAUCGAUGAAGAGUUCAUCCUGAAACAGUUCGACGUUGACAUUCGGAACAGGCUGAGCCGUGACGUGCUGCGUGUGAUGAGGCCCAACCAGGUCCCCCUGGAGCUGCGCUGUAGGGUGGGGCUCAGUAAGCUACAGGAGCCAGGAUUUUUCCAGGAACUAGACCAGAAGAGGAAACCCCAUAAGGCCCAGAAUCCUCAUAGACCGAAGUGGGUGAAGAUGAGGUAUGGGGCAUGGUAUCUGAACACCAAGCUGUGGAGAAAGCAAAGAGCAGAUGAACCUUUGGUUGACCCCAAGGUCUUACGCCAAGCUCAAGAUGAGAGUUCCAGAAGGAAGCUGCGGGCACAGGAGGAGCGGCUGGCAGACUUCCACGCCACAGCUGCCUUCAGGGACUUCAUCCUCAGCCGGGGCCACAGGAUGCCGAGUUUCCUUGAGAAUAUAUAUGCUGGGAAGAAGGGUAAAUGUGCAUGUAGGACUCCUACAAAACCCACGCAAGGCUAGAAGCAUCUGAUCUCUGCUGUGGCCUGGGAAAGCAGUGGAGGAUGGCCUGAGUCCUUGGGCCCCUGCACCCGCAUGGGAGACCUGGAGGAAGCUCCUAGUCCUGGCUUCGGAUCGGUGCAGCUCUGGCUGUUGCGGCCAUCUGGGGAGUGAACUAUUGGAUGGAAGACCUGUCUCUCUCUGUCUCUCCUCUCUCUGUGUAACUCUUUCAAAUAAAAUAAAUAAAUUCUUAAAAAAAUAAUACCAAAUCUCUAGGUGAUGGUGUUCCUUUUGGGUUCCUCUUGAUCCCAUCUCAAUCUUCCUGCACUGACUUGGCUGCGUGGUAACACAUUUAGUGGGGAAACUGACCAGGAAAGAAGAGGACACUUUUCAAAAAUGAUAGCAGAUACACAGCUUGGCAGGAAGGACCGCACAGGUGGACGCAACAGUGUUCUGUACAGCUGGUCAGCAGGCCACAGGCCACGGCUGCUGGGUGACAUUUCCUUCAUACACUUCCCAUCCCACGUGCUUUUUGCUCUCAGCCAGUCCCUUAACUGUCAAGAAUUACUUACUCAAUAGAGUGACUUAAAUCUUUCAUUGUGAAGUGUCUGAGCCGUGGUGGUCCUGACCAGCCAGGACAUUUUUUUGUCAGUGGAUAUAGCAACAGCAGGGGGACUCCAAGGGACCCCUCAGUUUCCGUGACUCUAUUAUAAACCAUCUUCCAUUGUUAGCCAUGAUUCAUCACUGCCCACACCAUAUAGCUCUCUCAUUUUCUGGUUCCUCAGGCGCUAUGACAAGUGACCACGUGACGGUCUUGGCUUCCAAUUAAGUGGACCAGUAUUGUUUUGUACUGGUAGGAGACUUCUCCUAAGCUUUAAAUCAUCAGAGCCCAGUCAUGGAGCAAAGAAGUAACUCUUUUGCAAGUAGCUCUUAAGGUCACGCCCCUUCCAGGGAUACCUCUUGGUUCCUAGACCCGAGUGUUCUGGCUGUGGGGGAAACGAUGUGCCCUGGUUGCUGGCUGAGAGUAAAUAAUGCAUCUUGACAGGUCUCGUCCCCUGUGUCAGUCAGCUCUCCACGACCAUGACUAAAUCCCUGAGACAAACCACUUAGGAAGGAAGAAGUUUUAUUUUGGUUCACAGUUUUGAAGAUUCACAGCCCAAGACCUUACAAUGACAUUGCUUGGUUGUCUACUGAGGGUGGCAGACAGUGACACCAGUAUAGAGGAAGGAUUGCAUGGCGAACCAGGAAGGAGAAAGAGCAAAUGGGCCCAUCUCAGGCCCUCUCACAAACACCGCCUUCCCAGAUCACACCCUUGGUGACCCAAAGACCUUCCAUGAAGCCCAAAUCUUCAACUCCAUACUUGGAUCAAGUAUCUAGCCUCCCCGUACCCUUAACUUAGAACUAGGGGGAUCCGAUCAUGUUCAAACUACAGCAUCUCCCAAGCGGUGCUGUAGAUGAAUCUUUUCUGCUUCCUCUGUAAGGCUAGAGUACCCCAUGGUGUCAGCUUGUUGUGUUACCACUUGGGCUGUAAAAGUAGCUUCUUGGUGAGAACCAAUGUUGGGUGUAAUACCCUGGUUGGUGGUGAAUAAGCCUUCAGUAACUCUAUGAAUGUUGGUGUGGGAAGAGGUUUGUUAAGCAAGGUCAGCAAAUCCAGAAGAAGUUGCUAUUCUAGUAAAGAUAAAUUACUAGUUCGUGAUGGUGGAAGAGAUCCAUAGCACUCUAUAAAUAACUCCCUCAACAACCAUAACCACUCCCGUCUAGCUUUGCUUGCCUACCGUGGGGGCUGGAAAGCUCAAGGCCACGCUGCUCAGACCGCCUUCAUGUUUCAAGUCAUUAAAGUGCUCCACAAGUGUGGAGCCCAGGGGAGGACCAGAGGGGGAGCUGACCCUCUCUGCCUGCCAGUGUGGGAGGCGUCCAGUUCUCAGGCCAGCAGGGCCAGGACUCUGGCUUUGAGGUGAUGGUGGCAGUGAUGGCAUGCAGAGAAUCCCUUACUUUUCCAGGCCACAUUGUUCCCAGCUGUUACACUCAGGUCUAACUAAUACCAGGGACUUGAAUUUGUUUUGUGCAUUUUUUUAAAAGAAUUACUUAUUUAUUUGAAAGGCAGAGUUAAGGGUGGGGUGGGGGGAAGGAAGAGAAAAAGAGAGAGAGAGAGAUCUUCUAUUUGCUGACUUACUCCCCCAAAAGGCUGCAAGGCCAGUACUGGACCAGGCUGAAGCCAGGAGCUUCAUCCAGGUUUCCCGCAUGGGUGCAGGGGCCCAAGGACUUGAGCCAUCUUCUGCUGCUUUCCCAGUUGCAUUAGCACAGAGCUGGAUCAGUAGUGGAGCAACCGGGACUCGAACCGGUGCCCAUAUGGGAUGCAGGCACUGCAGGCAGAGGCGCAACCUUCUACACCACAGCACUGGCUCCAACCAGCCCUGCCUUCUUAAUCCUCCUAUGUCUCUACCUGCUGAGCUGAACCAUCAGCUGCUCACCAUCAGUUGGUGCUAUCUGCACUUCAGGCCAUUUCUUCUUUCACACAAAGUGGUCAAUAGGAUGAAAUCCUUAAACUUCUGUCUUCUGGAACAUAAACACACUGUGCCUGGUACCAUCAUAUAUAU